AUGUGGAAUCAAGCUCGCUUGCUGGCACGGCUUGUGGCAUACUGUCGUGACCAUCCGCCGGUCACUGUGCACCAGCAGCUGAAAUGGGACGAGACAACCGUCUCCACGACCUUGAAUCCAGGUGGGCGGUCCCAGAAUGUUAAAUCCUCUUGGUCAGUACUGGUUGUGCGAUCGCGGCUACUUGUGACUUGGGCUUCUGGGGCGAGCUGGCUUAUGCGGUUGGUUAUGCCAACCAUCCCGCUGAUGUCUGGUGCCGCGGAUCAGAUAUACUAUGCCCUGCGAUGCCACCCUUCCUUUUAUACCUUGAACAACAUGGCAUCACUGAUUGUGGUGCCAGAACCGGCUCCACAAGCAGAUCCGUUGAUGCAAGAAACACUGGGCUUUCUGGAACAGUGGCACCACAACCGAAGUGGCCAGGAUGAUGAAGCAGCAGAGUCCGGGUCGGGAACUUUCCGUAAGAAGCUCGAGGCCUUUAAAGAAAUGUGGAACGGCAGUUUCACUGGAGCCCCAGUUCAUCAUUGCACAGGGAACCAUUGUAAGUCGCGGGUGGAGAGUGUACAUAGGAUGGCUACCACAUUUAUUGCACUGCUUCUCACUGCACUUCCUGCAGUUCCCACCCCGAACAAAUGGACCAAACUGUGGCCCAUUGCAGACUUCAUUGGCCUCGGGACCUUGAUUAACAAUUAUCUCCCGUGCAUCUUCGAGUUGGCGUUUAAACCAGUGAUGUUCAAAUCAGACAUGACUGAUCUGGAGGAACCAGACCCUCGCCUGGUGGAAGGACUUUUCUUCCAUGCUGUGCAAGGCAAGCGCUACACCGGCUCCCGCACUUUCCUGACUUGUGCUGCCACACAAUUCUGCUGCAGAUGCUUCCUCAUCGUUUCCGAACAUCUGCGGAGACUGGUGUUUUAUUGGCUCCAGAACCUCAAGAGGUCCAAGAAACGGGCCGUGGUCGACUUUGUUUCAUCUGGCGAACUGCUGGUUUUAGUUCGUUUGGGGAAUGGUGCAAGUCCUGUGACAACGACCUUCGGCACCUUCGGCGGUGCGGACAGGGCGGCUGUGCAAUCAGCGAUUGAUCGCUGGGAUCGUUCUCAUGUCUGUGAGGCGAUGGAGCGGGUCGGUAUGCUAGCAGCGGUGAUGCAGGAGGCUUUGAGGAAGCAUGCGUGGAAGUACUCCUUGCGUUUAUUCGUGUGUGACUUACGUAAGUCCGCAUACAUGUUCUUUCGUGAUGACCUGCUAGCAGUGCAGAAGCAGUUGGCUCCAGACGGCGGCGUCAAUCCUUGUUCCAAGGCUUUUUGGGCGGAGUUGAAGUCAGGUUGGGAGUCUUUGGCUCCUGAACGACGACAGUACUAUGAGGAGCUGGCGGAACAGGCUCACACAGAGGCGGGAAUUGCUCGCAAGGCUGCUUCAGCUGCCCGUGCUCCAGCUGAACAUGCGGCCGAUGUUGAGACACAAGGACAACGAGCUGAGGAGCCGGGGCAUUUGCAAGCUCUCUGUGUUGCAUCCUCAUCUGUGCCAAUGCAUGAGACGCCAUACAACCCGUGGGUUCUCGCAUCAUCGGCUACAACAUCGAGUGAUAUUCUACAAGUAGCCCAGGAUGUUCGCAUGUACCACAAGCACCCUCCCCAGAAACUUUCGGAUUUGGCUGACGACUGCUUGUCCAAAAGUCCUGUGUCUCAGGAACAGAUUGAGAAGUCUUGGAGGCAGAACCUGGCAGAUAAGCGGACGUGGGCGACGGUCUUGAAUCAGUUCAACGUGGAGUGUCAACGGUUUGCAAUCCCACCCCCAGAUGACAAAUUUCCGGACCGGGUCAACUAUCAGGGGCAUUGUGGGGUGUUUUGCAGGACUAAUUCUUCACCGUCUGACGUGCAGUGUUAUCACCAGCUUCUUCGCAGUUUCGACCAGGCAAUCGCUCAAUGCGGAGAUGGCACUGCUGCCUCAGCGACCAAAUGCGACAUACUCUUGAGAUUCCAGCUUUGUCGAUUCGAGGAGGCUGAGCCAUGCGAGGUUCGUUACAGUUGGGUUACAGCUUUGAGUGCACAAAGUGGGCCCCAUCCUUCUUCUCAGAUCUUCAUUCCACUAUCUGUGAUGGAGCAGUCGACAGCAGAUGGCCAUGUGAAGCUGUGUUUGCAAACCCAAGAUCCUGUGGGCGCCGAGGUGUCCUGGUGCUCUUCAUUGCUCACAUGUGGCCCUUUGCAGCACAGCACAGAGCAGCAGUUUGCAUCCGACCUUCUAGAUUUGUGCCAUGAACAUGAAGCCUCGGCUGUUUGCUUGGAGCGGCUUUGCUUUGAUGAUCUUGACCUCUCGGUUGUUCAAGCUCGCGGUGUGUGGCCUGGGUGGCAGAAGAUAGUAGUUGCGGUGUCAGUGUCCGACCAGGAGCAAGACGUUCCUGUCCAGCAGCAUGGAGUUCUUGGCGAUGAUCAUGCUGCUGAGCCUGUUGAUCCUGCUCCGAGCCGUCGGGGCGGCUUCGAUCUCAUCGAUGCAGUGUCAGCGGGUCCGGGAAGGGGUCGAGGGCGAGCUAAGGGACGUGGCAAGGGUCGCAGUUCUGCUGCUCUACGGAAUAGCUUGGUAGCUGAACUGCCGUGUGAUCCAGCAUUGGAAUCUGAUCUGGAAUUGGAGUUGCAAAAGGUGCUCGAUGCCGAGCACGUGCAAAAGCUUUUGCCUGAGUCCGAUGUUCUAUCCUCUACCAAUGCAGAGCUUCAGGAAGCUGUGGGGGAUCCCGUAGUCGUUGCCUCCGUAGAUGAAGCUUUCCAAGCUUCUGCCCUGGAUGCACUGAGCCAGUGCCGCUCUGCAGACACAGCAUGUGAAGCAGUUUUUCAGGAGUCAGAUGAUGAUGAGAUUGUUGACGAAACCAUGGAUGGAGAGAUUGAGGCCCCUGUAGAUGCAGAGUCUCUGGCGAAGGCUGAUGGGGACACAGAUGCAGACCUGGAUGCACUGCCACGUGGGAGGGGGACUGCCUUCGAAGAAGGGGCAGUUAUGCCCAUUGUCAGCCCUGCCACAGAUGAUCAAUCAGGCUACAACGAGAAGUUGGCUGCAUGGGAAGAGGACCGUCGCAGCAACAAGCGGGCGAGGUCCGCAUCAGAGAAGAAGACGGAGGCCAAGACACAGACCAAGAAUGCCUUGAGUACACGAGUGCUGAAAGGAUUUCUGUGGACUUUGCCUUUGCUGCGGAAGUCGAAGGAGGAGAGCCUCUGGACUAAGCUGCCCAAGCAGACCAUUCUUCAUUUCGGCCGCUCCGUGCAGGGUGUCCUCCGGGAGAAAAACUGCAUUGGAGCAAUUGAAUUCUAUGAAGAUUCCCAGGUGGCGGCAGUUCGCCAAGUGACCGUGUGCGAACGAGACGAGGAGGAGGAAGGCGAUACUACUGUCGCCUUCGAUGGUCUGUCGAAGCAGUUGGAGCUAUCUUCCCACGAGCAGGAGACGCAGGACGGCUUGCAGAUGCGGCAGCUCAAGGGCAAGAAGGCCAAGAAGGGUGGCGAUGAUGGGGACGACCUCAUGUCCUUGUGGGGCGUGGCUUCCCUGACAUCGUCCGGCUCCGCGGGGAAAGCUCCUCGUCAGGAAAGUGCAGCUUCCGAUGAGGAUGAUGCGACCAAGAGCAAGCGGCCAAGGACAACGACUACCACGACGGCGCCGGCUCGAAACCUAGGUCGUGGUCGUGGCAAGGAUAAUCAUGGGGCGGAUGACACGUCUUCGCAGGCUCCAGCCAACGACGUCGCCACAUCGUCCUCCAGCUGGCUCUUUGGGGGCAAACCUCGAAGUGUUGCCUCGAAAGGGGCUGGCAAGAGCUCGAAGGAGGUCAAGGAGCUGGAGGCCACUGACAAAGUCAUCGUGAUCUUCGAGUCCAUCGCCAAGACUUUUGCAGACGACGAUGCAUUCCACUCUGUGACCUUUGCGAAAGUGAAUGGUGUAGCCUCCAAAUUGCAAGCCCGAAGCACGAAGGAGCUGCAGAAGAUGUACAGGGAAUUGAGCCAAGAUGGGUCGGAUUCUCAGCGGGCCGUCGACGUGCUUCGAAGGCUUACAUCUGCGAAUGUCCAGGUUGAGGUGCUUGGCUCUUUGGUAGCCGCCAUUCAUGAUGCCGGGACAACGUCUGCGACUCUCAGCCGGUGCAUGCAGGAUGCUGAAUCCUCGGGUUUGUCCUUGCCUGUUAGCCUCUCUAAGAUGUGCAUGGCUCGUACAUUAUUGGAGCUUGGGAGCAGCGGUCAGUUCCAGGCCUACUUCGAGAGGCUCGAGAGCGAGGAGGUUGACAAGUUGUUCGGUGGCGAUGCUGAUGCCAUGGCGGAGUUUCAAUAUUGCAGCGUGAAGACGACUUUGUGCAAACAGUUGAACCAGGAAGUGCAGCCAUUGAAGAAGCAGGAUGCCGCUGCAAAGGCGGCCGAACACAUCACGGAGGAGCAGAAAGCCAUUGCCGAGCAACAGCUACGUGAGGCUACAAAAGAUCGUGCCGUGGAACUCACUUUGCAGGUCCAGUCGUUCCUGGAGCGAUUUGCAGGGAGUAGCCUAUGCUCUGCUUGGACCCAGAACAGCAAUCUUGUGAGUUUCGUGGAUGAGAUCGAAAACCUCAGAAAGGUCGUGGCCAUCGCAGUGUCAGUGCAGGAUGCAAGUUUCCGUGUUAAGGCCGAGGAGGUAGAUGCGAUCAAGUCUGCCCGCGCUACCAUUCUUGCAAAGAAAUCGGCCUUGCACGAAUCCUUGACAUUGUUCCCAGUCGGGUUGUUCGUUCAGCAAUCGUGUAACACGGGUGUUGAAGCCUUCUACAGGGACCGUGGCUUUGCGGCAGACCUAGAGGCAUGCAUUCAAGCAUGUGCGGCCAUGAAGCAUUUCACCUACGAUGUGCUCUUCAAAAACGAGGCUUGCGACAUCGCUAUCCCCGGACAGGCCAAAAUCGUCGAGGUGGUGCAGAAGCUGACCUUGAUUGAUGCGGCCGCCUCUUGCAAUUUCAAGACUGAGAAUGCACAGGGGUUAGGGGUGGUUCAAACCAAGAUGACGGAGCUUGCGGAUGCUUUGACAGAGGCUUGCAUCGCGAAGUUCCGGAAGUUGUGCUUGGUCGAUUUGCCUGAGCCCUUGAAAGCUUUGCUGGAAGGACAGCUCACGAUCGACACGACGGCGGCCCUCUUGGAGAAGUUGAAUGUUGCCAAGCAAUUCGUGCCGAUUAGCCAGGCAAUCUUGCAGAAAUGCAUGGGCACCGCUAGCUCAGAUCUGAUUGCGACGGUCAUGGCCGGUCGCGACUUCAUGGGUUCCCUCGCGACAGCUCUCCCCCAUCUUGUAGCUUUGUUCGAUACGGGUGCAGCCGAUGGCAAGUUCGCACCAGCCAGGUUGUUGGACUCCGACUUAGUCAAGUUUGUGCUGGCUUGGGGAGAAAGCGUCAACCAUGCAAGGAUCAAGGCUAUGCUGUCUGUGGAUGUUUGGGAUUGUCUAUGUGGAGUGAUCGAGAAAGCCAGCAAGUCUGCCAUGUCGCUCGUUCGAUCAGCAUCAGUAUUAGUGGCUUAUGGGUACGGUUAUUGUUACGGCUAUAGGCUAUAG